AUGGACAAAAUCCCUAAAAACCACAGAAUUCCUCGCUUAUGCUGGGUAAUUUUUCAGGUUUUACAGCUCUCAGCAAUUGGGCUGAUGAUCUGGGCCUUAUUUACUUCAAGCUGGGUUGAGCUUAAUAUCCCUGGUUUCUAUGGAGAUUUGAAAUGGAGUGGCUCUUUAACCUCGGUUCGUAAGGGUUUACGGGCACUCGAAGGCAGCACCUACUCAGAAUUAUCCAGUGCUUACUGCAGCAUAACCCAAAAGUCCAAGGAUAUUCCUAAAAAGGAACCUUCAUGGUGUGAAAUGUUUGCGUUACUUUGGGUUGGCGAAAUAGUUUAUUAUAUUCUUGAAGGGGUAGCAAUCAUCGCGAUACUUAUAUGAAUUUACACAAUAGGGUUCAGGCUUAAAAUUCAUACAAGUUAUUGGAAAACCCCAGGUUUAUGCUGGGCAUAUUUAUCUUGUAUAUCGCAUGAAAUUGCCUUUAUCACGUGGAUGAUACUGUCAAAUGCGACUUUUAGCGGGGAAUGUGACCAAGAAAGCGAAGGAAAAUCUCCACCGGAGCUUUGCGCUUUAAAAGGACCUACUAUUGCAUUAAUACUUGCAGUUGUCCUACCAAUUUUUUCAAUAUCAUAUAUGCUACUAACCCGGUUUCUUCCUAAAAUAGUUGAGGAAAAAGGGAUUAUUAAAGAAGACUCAGAAGGGAAACUUAAUGAAGCUGAUGUUUAA